UUGGCAGCCGAGCUUCAGACUCCUGAAAAUGACUUAAAAUAUGAGCCAACGAUCGGUAACAAACCAGCGGCUCACCGUUCCGUCGCCGCUUUUGAUUUGGGCGGUGGAUCGACUCAGCUCACGUACUGGCCAAACAACGAGGCUGUCUUCUCAGAACAUGUCGGAUAUGAACGGGAUAUCGACUUUUUUGGACAUCACAUCCGACUGUUCACCCACAGUUUUCUCGGAAACGGUUUGAUUGCCGCUCGAUUGAACAUUCUUCAAUUGGAGACCGAAAAUGACAUCGAAACAACACAUCAACUGAUCACAAGUUGCAUGCCGGAAGGAUUCCAAUUGACAGAAUGGGAAUACGCUUUGAAGUUCUGGAAUAUCAACGGAUCAUCGUCUUAUUCAUACGAUACUUGCUACGAUGUCACCAAACGAUUUGUGGAAUCUAGCGAAAUCAUGCAUUUGAGAGAGCUGAAAGGAGCGCCUGUCUAUCUUUUUUCAUACUUUUUCGACCGAGGUCUCAAUAGUGGACUUGUGAAAGGAAACGAUGGUGGGCAGAUUGAGUUGAGACAGUUUAAGGAGGCGGCGAAGACUGCGUGUCAGAGAGGAAAAUUAGAAAUCAACGAUGGAAGUCACUGGAUGCCAUGGCAAUGUCUGGAUUUGACAUAUAUUUAUUCGCUUUUGAGAGAUGGAUAUCAAUUUGAAGACAAUCAACCUAUUGUGUUAGCAAAGAAGAUCAAAGGAAUGGAAGUCUCAUGGGGACAAGGUCUUGCUUUCGCAACUGCAAACGAAUUUCAAUUGACAGAAGGAGCCAUCAAAACUGCUUCUUCAUCGGAACAAAACGCUACUGUAGUUGAUCAGAUCGUCGAUUUGGUUUACUCUGGAACGAAUCAAGUGCUUUCAUACUUUAAUAUUAUUUCAGUUUAA